AUAAAGAUAACUGAAGGGUAUUCCUCGGCUAACUUUCUAGGAAUGAUUGAGCAACUACGUUUGAGGCGGAAAAAGAUAUCAGCCAGUAGCAAAGUUCAGAAGAGUCAUUCUGGCAAGCUGUUUAAGCAGAUCAUGAAGAUGCCAAGGAACAAAAUACAGAUCCGACUGAGUUCGCGAGAUGCCAGCAGAGAAAAUGCUAAAGGAGAUGACUCUAAUUAUGUCGAUGAUAUGGACGAAAAUAUUGGUGUAAUAACACCACAGAAUAUCGGGUGCAAGGUGUUCAAGAGCAAGGAUUAUAGGACUGGGAGAUUACCGUUUAGGCUCCAUACUUCAAAAUCUAAUAAAUCUUUAAAUAAUGCUGUAAUUUCUUCCUUCUCUUCUCUUUAUGAGCAGAAUCUUAAGGUUAGAAAAGAUGAGGAAACUAAAUUAUGAGAACCUCAUAAAAAUAAAUCUUUUGCUAUUAAGGAAACAAUGGAAGAUCAUAACUCAGAUAGUGAAGAAAGCAAUUGUGAAGAUGUUGAACCUGCUUUUAAGAACUUUCCUGAAACUCUCCAGUUAAACAAUCCGUUAAGCCAAAACUUGAUGGAGAAGAAAUUCUCAGAAACUCUUCAGUCAACUAGAUUAAAUCAAUUGUACAAUACUAGUGACUCAUCAUCCCCUAUCAAGAGGAAGAAUACAGAUUCAUCGAGGCAUAAUUUAGUGUUUGGGAGAAAAAUUGUUCAAAAAGUUAGUAUUAUCGCUACAAGUUCUCAUAAGGAUAAGGUCGAUACGAUAAACCAGCUGCCAAAGUUCCCAGAAGCAAAGAUAACUCGAAUUACUAGAGAAUGAUAUGGUCGUCUUUUGAGUGAUUUAGGCCUCUCUGGGUCUUCUUCUAAAGGUACUUUAGAAAAUUCUUCCCUUAAUGUUGUUAUAGACAGAGCAAAACUUCUGAAAGUAUUGUCAAGAUGAGAUACAAGUCAAUUGCCUCCAUCUAUUUGUCACUGAACACCAGGAGACCAUGGAUAUGGUUGUGAAAAUUCUGAAGAAUGGGUUCUUAAAGUUAUAGAGAAUGAGGAUAGCAGUUUAAGCUCUCUCUCAGAAAGUGAUUUCGAUGAAUUUUUUGACUAUAAAAAGGUAUCAGAACAGUAUGAGACUUGCAAAGUAUUUGCCUUUGGAAAAGUGCAUUCUGCAGUUAAUUAUGAAGCCAAUGACAAAUUUCUUAAAGAUUUUAUGAGAGAUAUCUCAAGAACCUUCUGCAGCUAUAAUUUAUUCAAACACACGAAUAUUCUAGCAAAAUUUCUCAAUGUAAUUUUGGCAAUUCAUCAAAAAUACCCUGAGAUGGAAUAUAUACAAGGGUUAAACUUUAUUGUAGCAUCCUUGUGACUUCACUGAAAUGAGCCAAUGGCAUUCUGGCUGUUCUGAAAUCUUUCAGAGAAUCUACAGCUUGGUUAUUACUACUCGAAUAUCGAUCAGAUUCUCAAGAUGGCGAAUGACACAAUUCUUGAGUUGAAGCUCAAAAAGAGCAAAACACCUAUGGGUAAGAAUACAUUCAAGAACAAUCAUUUAUAGACUCCUUUGCUGCAACAUGGGCCUUAAGUUUAAUGUCACAUGCUGUUCCGCUUGAAUACUCUGAGAUGCUCUGGGAGAAACUCUUCGAUAGUGGCUGGGAAGGGUUCAAAAUCAUUAUUGAUGCAAUUCUCCAAGUUUUAAAACCACAAUUGUCCAAAUACUGAAAAUUUAAGAGAUCGGGAAAGAAAACCAUCCUGGUAUGCUCAAACUUAGCAGGCAUGACCAAAGUGCUUGGAAAGCUGAAUAAGCCUCCCAAGAGCAAGGAGUAUGCUAUUGAGUAUGAAGUCUCAGAACAUAGCUCUGAGUGUUUCCAACUAUGGGAAGCAAUCAAGUGAAAACUCCUUGAUGAUUAAGUGAUUUUUAUAUUAAAAUCCUCAAUUUGUUAGUG